GACUUUGUUUUUGCCGGGUGGUUUUGGGGUCAGCAGCAGUGGGACUCGGUGAGGAACUAUUGUGAGUUUGACGGGACGCGGGGGACGAGCAGGAGGUCUGGAAAAUCCUGGAAAGUAGGCUGAAGCUCCUAAUUCUUAGAUACAUCCUCACGGAGGAGUCCAUAUAACCAUGUCGGCGGCAGCUGUGGAAGCAGGUAAUGCCGUCCCUCUGUCGGGGUCCAAAGAAAUGAGUUUAGAGGAACCAAAGAAGAUGACCAGAGAAGACUGGAGAAAGAAGAAGGAGCUGGAAGAACAGCGAAAGCUGGGUAAUGCUCCUGCAGAAGUUGAUGAAGAAGGAAAAGACAUCAACCCUCAUAUUCCUCAGUAUAUUUCUUCAGUGCCAUGGUAUAUCGAUCCAUCAAAAAGACCUACUUUAAAGCACCAGAGACCACAACCAGAGAAACAAAAGCAGUACAGUUCAUCUGGCGAAUGGUACAAGAGAGGUGUAAAAGAGAAUUCUGUAACAACCAAAUAUCGCAAAGGAGCUUGUGAAAACUGUGGGGCCAUGACACACAAAAAGAAGGACUGCUUUGAGAGACCUAGGCGAGUUGGAGCAAAAUUUACAGGUACUAAUAUAGCUGCAGAUGAACAUUUCCAGCCUCAGCUGAUGUUUGACUAUGAUGGGAAGAGGGAUCGGUGGAAUGGCUACAAUCCAGAAGAACACAUGAAAAUUGUUGAAGAAUAUGCCAAAGUUGAUUUGGCAAAACGAACACUGAAAGCCCAGAAACUCCAAGAAGAAUUAGCCUCAGGAAAAUUAGUGGAACAGGCUAAUUCUCCAAAACACCAGUGGGGAGAAGAGGAACCAAAUUCCCAGACGGAAAAAGAUCAUAAUAGCGAAGAUGAGGAUGAAGAUAAAUAUGCAGAUGAUAUUGACAUGCCUGGACAGAACUUUGACUCUAAGAGACGAAUUACUGUCCGGAAUCUCAGGAUUCGAGAAGAUAUUGCAAAAUAUUUGCGGAAUUUAGAUCCAAAUUCUGCUUACUAUGACCCCAAGACGAGAGCAAUGAGGGAAAAUCCCUAUGCCAAUGCAGGAAAGAAUCCAGAUGAAGUGAGCUAUGCGGGAGAUAACUUUGUUAGAUACACAGGAGAUACCAUUUCAAUGGCUCAGACACAGUUGUUUGCUUGGGAAGCCUAUGACAAGGGAUCUGAAGUGCAUCUGCAGGCUGAUCCUACAAAACUAGAGCUGUUGUAUAAGUCUUUCAAAGUCAAAAAAGAAGACUUCAAAGAACAGCAGAAAGAAAGCAUCCUGGAAAAGUACGGUGGCCAGGAACACUUGGAUGCCCCUCCAGCUGAAUUGCUGUUAGCUCAGACUGAAGACUAUGUGGAAUACUCAAGACAUGGGACAGUCAUCAAAGGGCAGGAGCGGGCUGUUGCCUGCUCCAAGUAUGAGGAGGAUGUGAAGAUCCACAACCACACACAUAUCUGGGGAUCUUACUGGAAGGAAGGCCGAUGGGGAUACAAAUGUUGUCACUCUUUUUUCAAGUAUUCCUAUUGUACUGGAGAUUCUGGGAAGGAGAUUGAUAAUUCAGAGGAAUGUGUUAUAAAUGAUAUAACUGGAGAGGAGUCUGUGAAAAAACCUCAAACUCUAAUGGAGAUGCAUCAGGAAAAACUAAAAGAGGAGAAAAAGAAAAAGAAGAAAAAGAAGAAGCAUAGAAAGAGCAGUUCAGAUAGUGAUGAAGAAGAAAAGAAACAUGAAAAAUUGAAAAAGGCACUAAAUGCAGAGGAAGCCCGCCUUCUUCAUGUCAAGGAGAUUAUGCAGAUUGAUGAGAGGAAGCGGCCUUACAAUAGCAUGUAUGAAACUCGGGAACCCACUGAAGAAGAGAUGGAGGCCUAUAGAAUGAAACGUCAAAGACCAGAUGACCCAAUGGCCUCCUUUCUUGGACAGUAGUGACUAGUCAUUGGCAGUAACCAAGACAGACACAGCAAAAUGUUUUUCAUCUUCCUGAUGAUUCUUAAUGGAACAGUCCAUGUCUAUGCCUCUUGCUGCCUGACUUUAAUAAAGCUUCCAGAAGUCUCAUGGUAAAAUAAUUUCUUUCCUAAUGAAGAAACAAAGAAGAAAAACAAAGAGGAGGUACAUUAAGUGCAGGUUAAGAUUUUUAUUUCCAGUUUUAUAUUAGUGAUGUGUAAAGAGGCCUUGACUCUCUACCUAGCAAGAAUGUCUUCUACUCAGCAUUUAUUAAGUCUCAGGUUUUAUCUCCUCACUUUUUAUCUAGUGUUCGCACACAUUUUAAAGGCAGAUGAGUUAUUCUUUCUCAAACCCAGGGCUUCAUUUUCUAAAUUACUGCUAACUAUAAUUAGAGUUACUUGAUAAUCAUUUGUUUUUGUCUUCUGAGAUUUUCCUAGUCUGAAGCUAAAAAAAAUUAUUCUAUCUUGGGCUUUUGGUUACUGAAAGAAAAUCUGUAGAAUAUGUAAAUAACUUUAUCCCCCAUGUCAAUCUGUAUAGUGAUAAUCCUGUUUUACACUUGAUUAUAAAAUACUGGUAUUUAAAAUAUUUCCUUGUACCUUACCACCCAGAACUAAAUGGGUUAAACACCUUUGAAUGGAAAAAUAACUAUUUUGGUAUCCUUGAGUCACUGUCAGUUGAUCAGUGCUAGGUCUUUUACCAUUCUGGACAUGAGCCUUUAGACACAGAAAUGCUUUCCUUUAUCAUACAGGACAUACUUUGUAAUGUUAUUUGUUGUUUUAAUUAUGGUUGCCUUUAUGUAACAAUCAUGAAUAUUAGAUUCUAAAGGAUUGUAGAAAAUCUGUUUUAUCUCCUCUUUAUAGCCAGUAGGUAUUGCUUUGUAAAAUUUGCAAAAAGCAAAAUCUGAUGACAAAGGUUUCUUUAAAGAAUUACAAGGACAGUUUGUAGGGCUUUUGGUAACUGAGAUUGCCACGAUCCCCAGGCCUCUAAGAAUGCCGUGAAGAUAAUACUUAUAGUGAGAGUGGGAUCAUUGAAAAGAUCCUGUUUAAAACCGUAGCGUAAGUAUACUGACUUUUAACAGCUUACUGGCUUUGCUGGGCUACCAAGCACACUAGAAUUCUGUAUUGUUAGCAUCUCAAAAAUAGUGCUGAUGGGAGAGUAGUUGAAUCAGAUUGUCAGGUACUAUGGUGCACAUGGUGUCUAGACUCACGUAUGAAAUUGAGGUAGCAAUGCAAGCUAAUUCUUACCUACUUUAAUAAUGUCAAAAAUUUGUUUUCAUAUUCCUACCUUAACAUAGGUUCAGCAUAAAGUCUGACAUUGGUGUCUAUUUUGUAUUUUAUUUAUCUUUUGUUAAUAAAGAUACAUAAUUGAGAAUACGUAACUGUGAGUAGCUGAUAGCAUUAUUUCAAAUAUUUGUCAGAAAAGUGGUUUAUAGUACUGGCAGAGGGAGUUAAUUUCAUGAGCUUCAAUUAGAAAAUUUAAGGAUCCUUUAACUCAAAAAACAUGUCUCCUGACUUUUCUGAGUCUCUACUCUCUUCUGUGAAACCUAAUUUACUCCAAUUCUAGGGCAAACUCUAGAAGAAUACCUAAAAUCAUAUCUUAUCACUUUCAUUUUGAAAGAAAAAAAACAUCUCAAAGGAUACUCAAGAUAUUAGCUUUGAUUUUGUUAUCUCAAUCAAAAAUAGCUGCCUUUUUGAGUUCUGGAACUAUGUGCUUUAAUUUAUUAUUAUGUUAUCUCUGCAAAACAAUGGGGUGAGUAAUUGAUGAUAUCUACUAUUUUGCAAUAAGCACAUGGGCUUUCUGAGUCCAGGUAGCUUGCUCAAGUCCUAACAGUUAAGUGUCAGGGCCAGAACAUAAAGCCAAGUAUCUCUGACUGUAAAGCCUAUACCUUCCUUUAGUAUUUAAAGCCCUGGUUUCCGGAUCAGGAAGGCUGGUCUUCUGCAAUUUCUUCCAUUGAUAGAAACCUUAAGCAGGGGCUCAAUCUUUAUGAGGUUCACUCAAAACACCUGAAAAUAAAACCUCUCUCCCUCUUUCUUUGACAUUAUCCCCUUCCACGGCCUUGUGGAAUGCUUCUAACAAGAUUGACUAUACAAAAAUGAAUAAAUUGUUCUUAAGUUUGUAAUAAUUCUGGAAUAAAAUACCCCCAAAAUAGAAAAGAGGUCUCUAUUUGGGUUUCUUUCAACAGUGUUUGCUUGUUUUUAUUUUGGGUGUUUUCCUCUAAAAUCUGUAAUGUGGGUUUAAGAUCCUGUUGUUAAAAAGUUUUAAAUAAAAUCUUCUCUAAGAUG